UGCUCUAAGCGCCCUUUCCGAACGCGUCGAAAGUGAAAUAGAAGCAAUUUUAAACAAUGACUGCACUUUGCUCACAUCAAACAAAGAAGGCAGGGGGCAAUUUGUAAGUGCGUCUCAAACAUUUAAAUAAGCAGAGGGGACUCGAUUUUAAUAUUUGCGUUCUUCCAAAUCGUGGCGGACGCCGUGACGCAAUUUGUGGCGAGCCGAGGAGUGUGAGAAGCCGAGAUACACGAGAUUGAAGGCAGUGUGUGUCGCUCGGUCGACUAACGAUGGUCAUGGAAUCGGUCAAGCUGCGGAUUCCCCUCGAGGAUCUGGGCGCCAAUCCGCAGGUGUGGAAACAGGUGCCCGGCUACAUCAUCAGGAACUGCAGUCCUGACCUCAUCGAGUCCGUUGUUUACCACAUGACCACCUACUUCAUCAACGAGGAGCCGUUCUGCAGUAACAGCGAAGUGUCAAGUGACCCGGUUUCCGUGGCUGAAAUUGGCGAUUGGUGGAGAAAUCUACUGAAACAGAAUUUGACUUUGAUUGCAUUGCCAGAGAAAUCGGCAGGUGCCGACUGCAAACCCAUCACCGAGGCGAGAAUCCCUCUGGCCGGGGUCAAUGUUCUGAUGCUGGGUGUAAAAAAUGCGCCAAAAUCGCCUCCGAUUGAGCAGCAAUUCACUGGCAAAAACAUCAUUAGAGCACUCGCACCUUAUGCAAAAAUCUCUGAAAUGGUGAACUGCUUCAAAGAGUAUAAUACAGACAUUUAUAUGGACGCUGCGGGCCUUUCUGUUCACCAAGAGCACCGCGGUCGCAAAUUGGGAGAGGCCCUGCUGAAGGCGCGCUUUCAAAUGUGCUGGACGCUGGGCAUCAGCGUGACAAAGACGGUGUUCACCUCCAUCCCGUCGCAAAUCACCGCCUUCCGCUGCAACAUGGAAAAGGUCAAAGAAAUCGAGUACAAAGACAUCAAGGACGAGAAGACCGGCGAACCCGCCUACCCUAAGAUCGAUCCACACAGGACGGUGCACGUCUGCAUCCGAGUGCUGCAGGACUCGCUCGGGAACCGCAGUUUCAGCCAUUCUGAUUCAUCCUCCUCCGAUUGAACAAAUUAAAAGAAUUCACGCUACUUCUAAUUAAAUUAUAUAUAUUGGAACUUAUAAACUGACAUUGUGAUUUAGGAUGCUUAAAAUAAAACGCAUUUCUUAUUUUUUACAUAGAA